AUGUCCAACAUUUCGGCACCUGAUUGGGAGGUCUUGAGGACCAAGGGGGCAGAUUGGGAUAUUUUCGACGGUGUUUUUACGUCAGCUGCUGCUGGCGAGCGCAAACCCAACCUUGGGUACUACCGCCACGUUCUAAAAGUCACAGGCGCUGAUCCAAAACGCACCAUCUUCGUCGAUGACAAGCUUGAGAAUCUUGUCACAGCUCGAUCCCUCGGCAUCACCACUAUUCUCUACGACACCUUCGAAAACGUUGAAAGGGCCCUUCGUAACUUGUGCAGUAACCCCAUCUCCAGGGCGAAACAAUUCCUUAUCAACAAUGCCGGUCGCCACCUUUCAUACACUUCCACUGGCCAAGUGAUUCGGGAAAAUUUUGCACAGCUUCUGAUCCUUGAAUCUACUCGCAACCCUUCCCUCGUUGAGUACAUUACGUACGACGGCGCUUUCAACUUCUUCCAAGGUCAUGGAGAGCUCACCACUCACGAAUUUCCAUCCGAUCUCGAUACCACUUCAAUCGGUCUCACGAUUGCCCCAAAUAUCGACGCCUCCACGAAGUCGAGAGUCAUGGAUUCGAUGUUGCAAUACCGCAACGCCGACAACGUUCUUCAGGUCUACUUCGACGACAGGCGACCCAGGUUGGACCCCGUUGUGUGUGUUAACAUCCUCACGCUUUUCUAUUCCAACGGACGGGGCCACGAGCUUGACGAUACGCUCGAUUGGGUCUACUCCGUCUUGGAAAACCGUGCUUACCUCGAAGGCACUCGCUACUAUGAGGGCGCCGAGACUUUCCUCUUUUUCAUGACAAGGCUUCUCGCCGCAUCACCUUCCGUUCGGCGACAAUUUGGAGCUUUGUUCAAGGAGCGUGUCGCAGAACGCAUUGGUACUACAGGAGAUGCGCUCGCAUUGGCCAUGCGAGUACACUGCAGCAACGAAGUUGGUCUCGAUGCGGCGGUUGAUGUGGAGAGACUCCUGGCGUUGCAACAAAUUGACGGUGGAUGGAACGAUGGAUGGUUCUACAAGUACGGAUCGGCUGACAUCAAGAUCGCCAAUAGAGGCCUGACGACUGCCAUCGCUAUCGAGGCCCUUCAAAGAUCUGCGGGAAAGCCGGUUGCGCUUUCGGAGGGUUAUUGA